AUGGAUCCAGAAUCCAUGUUGGAUCACUUUGCAGCAGUGGACAAGUCCAAGAACGAACCCGAGAACGAACCCGAGAGCAAAAGAAGCCAACGCGGCAUAGUGUCUCUGGGAGGUUUCAGGAUCAAUCCCGGCAAAGAUCGGGAUAAAAACACUCGAUUCCUUGACCGUAUGAAGUUGGAUGCACCCCCAUGCCAAUGGACGGUAAAGGACCUAGAUCAUGAUAACCAGCGUGGCCUGCCUGUGCCGUUUAACAAUGUCCGUUGUGCGGCUGCGGUUCCCAGUUACUCCCCCAUCGCCGGCCCAUCAGAGCCAGCAAGUCACCUGCUAGCCAGCCAGGAAACGUCAAUAACGGGGGAACCAAAAAAACACCAAAAGCCUCCACUGGUGAACCUGGAACUGUUCAACGCGCAUAUAUACCUGCCGUUGGGCCCUUCAAACCAGCAACCGCCCAAAACGUAGUUUCAUGGACUCCAGAGCCACACGACAACGGUAAGGGAGGUAAAAGUCCCAUCACAUCACCACAUCCCUUCACCGCGCAUGACCUCGUGUGUUACCCUACCCUUCGUCUUCAUGUUUAAGUGAUACAUUUCUUUAACAAGCAUACAAAUAUACAUACAUACAUAAAUACAUAGGUCAGGCACUACUGGAAAGACACGGACGAUUGCCCCCGGAAG